CAACCCCCCUCAAAAAAAAAAAAAGAAAAAGAAAAAAAGAGGAGUGUGUGUUUCUCCAUAGCUAAGUCCUCCUGUUCAAUUCCUUUUCGCAAAUGGCUGUAGUUUGUUGGCCUCGAGCUGACAAAAGACUGACCGGGACACCAUCCGUACUGGGGUUGCUCCAACAGCCACAUCCAACUCUUUUUGUGUGGGUGCUUGGGAUUCGAACUCAUGUCCUCAAAAUGUUACCUGGUGGUGCUUUUUCCUCUUUCAUGGUUCCCGGGAUGUCAGAGAAGCCACCCGCUGGGCCUCAUUCCUUCGACCUGUCAUCUCAGCGGGACUCGAUGGUCGGACUCGGAGGGAGACCAGCGGCGGCGGCGGCAGAGGUCUGGGAGGCGAAGCCGGAGCCCUCGGCCACCCCGCUGGCCCUCCCAGGACCAGUCCUCACGGUCUGACUCGGGCGAGGAGCGGCCAUGGGGCUCCUGGGCCAGGCACGGUCGCCGGCGCUCCUGGUCGCCGGCGUCGUCGGCAUCGAGCUCGGAGUCCCCGCGACGCUCCCGGAGCCCGGGGGCGGCUGCCCUGGCCCUGAGCCAGCAGCAGAGCCUGCAGGAGCGGCUGCGGCUGCGGGAGGAGCGGAGGCGGCGGGAGGAGCUGCUGAAGGCCUUCGAGACGCCCGAGGAGAAGCGGGCCCGGCGGCUGGCCAAGAAGGAGGCCAAGGAGCGCAAGAAGCGCGAGAAGAUGGGCUGGGGGGAGGAGUACAUGGGCUACACCAACACGGACAACCCCUUCGGGGACAACAACCUGCUGGGCACCUUCAUCUGGAACAAGGCGCUGGAGAAGAAGGGCAUCAGCCACCUGGAGGAGAAGGAGCUGAAGGAGCGCAACAAGAGGAUCCAGGAGGACAACCGGCUGGAGCUGCAGAAGGUGAAGCAGCUGCGGCUGGAGCGCGAGCGCGAGAAGGCCAUGCGGGAGCAGGAGCUGGAGCUGCUGCAGCGGGAGAAGGAGGCCGAGCACUUCAAGACCUGGGAGGAGCAGGAGGACAGCUUCCACCUGCGGCAGGCCAAGCUGCGUUCCAAGAUCCGCAUCCGAGACGGGCGGGCCAAGCCCAUCGACCUGCUGGCCAAGUACAUCAGCGCCGAGGACGACGACCUGGCCGUGGAGAUGCACGAGCCCUACACCUUCCUCAACGGCCUCACCGUGGCCGACAUGGAGGACCUGCUGGAGGACAUCCAGGUGUACAUGGAGCUGGAGCAGGGUAAGAAUGUGGACUUCUGGCGGGACAUGACGACCAUCACGGAGGACGAGAUCGCCAAGCUCCGCAAGCUGGAGGCCUCGGGCAAGGGCCCAGGUGAGCGCCGUGAGGGGGUCAACGCCUCGGUGAGCUCCGAUGUGCAGUCGGUGUUCAAGGGCAAGACAUACAACCAGCUGCAGGUCAUCUUCCAGGGCAUCGAGGGCAAAAUCCGCGCCGGGGGCCCCAACCUCGACAUGGGCUACUGGGAGAGCCUGCUGCAGCAGCUGCGCGCGCACAUGGCCCGGGCCAGGCUCCGUGAACGGCACCAGGAUGUCCUGCGGCAGAAGCUGUUCAAACUGAAGCAGGAGCAGGGGGUGGAGAGCGAGCCGCUGUUCCCCAUCCUCAAGGCCGAGCCCACGGCCACCCACAGCCCCGAGCCCGAGGAGCCGGACCCCAGCCCCGGGCCCUCCGGGGAGCCCGCCGAAGCCGAGGGGGCGCCGGCCCCCGGAGAGGCAGGGGAGGCGGCGGCGGGGGCCGAGGCAGCGGAGGCGGCGGAGGGCGAGGCGGUGCUGAUGGAGGAGGACCUGAUCCAGCAGAGCCUGGCCGACUACGACGCCGGCCGCUACAGCCCGCGCCUGCUCUCGGCCCACGAGCUGCCGCUGGACGCGCACGUGCUCGACCCGCACGAGGACCUGCAGCGCCUGCAGCUCUCCCGCCAGCAGCUGCAGGCCACAGGCGACGCCAGCGAGAGCGCCGAGGACAUCUUCUUCCGGCGCGCGCGCGAGGGCAUGGGCCAGGACGAGGCGCAGUUCAGCGUGGAGAUGCCGCUGGGCGGCCGCGCCUACCUGUGGGCCGACAAGUACCGGCCGCGCAAGCCGCGCUUCUUCAACCGCGUGCACACCGGCUUCGAGUGGAACAAGUACAACCAGACGCACUACGACUUCGACAACCCGCCGCCCAAGAUCGUGCAGGGCUACAAGUUCAACAUCUUCUACCCCGACCUCAUCCGCAAGCGCGCCACGCCCGAGUACUUCCUGGAGGCCUGCGCCGACAACCGCGACUUCGCCAUCCUGCGCUUCCACGCCGGGCCGCCCUACGAGGACAUCGCCUUCAAGAUCGUCAGCCGCGAGUGGGAGUACUCGCACCGCCACGGCUUCCGCUGCCAGUUCGCCAACGGCAUCUUCCAGCUGUGGUUCCACUUCAAGCGCUACCGCUACCGCCGGUGACGGCCGUGCCACGGGGCCGGCCUGGGCGGUGCCGGGGGGCAGGGGGGCCGGGGCCAGGCUCGCCCGCAGCACCGUCCGGGUGCCCGCCCGU